GUCACGACUCACGAGCACACACCCCCGCGCCGCGCGCGCGCGGAUGGCGGUCGCGCUGCUCUCGCCUGCGGCGGCGCCGCCGGUGGUGACGGGAGGCGGGGGCGGGGCCGGGGAGGGGGUGCCUGCGAUCGUGGUCGGCGGGAGAGAGGCGACGAGUGCGGCGGCGGCCUCGGCGGCGAAUGAGGGCGGGGGGAAGGUGCCGCUGCUUGAGGAGGAGGCAGUGCCGCCCACCGUGGUUGCCGCGAAGGGGGACACGACUACCGCGAUGGUCGAGGAAGAGGAGGAGGAGGAGGAGGAGGAGGGGACGGCGCAUGCAGCGGAUGGGGACACGGUGGCCGCGGCAGUUGACGAGAAUGAGGCGGCGCCAGCGGCGGAAGGGGACGCGGUUGUCGCGGUGCCAGCGGCGGAGGGGGCCGCCGUGGCCGCGGUUGUUGCUGACGGCAAGGGCGAGGCGCCUCAAGGGGUUCCGGUGACCGACGGCGAGGGGGUCAACGCGAUAUCGGCGGAGGGGGAUGACGAGGGGGUGAAGUGGCUGAAGCAUUACUCCUCCGUACAGAGCAUACUGACCGUCGGGGACGGGAACUUCUCCUUCUCGCUGGCGCUCGCCACCGCCUUCGGCUCCGGCGAGAACGUCGUCGCCACUUCGCUGGACUCCAUUGAGCACCUGAGGGACAAAUACAGCAAAGCGGAAUCAAAUAUAAUGGAGCUGAAAAGAUUGGGAGUCACUGUUUUGCAUGGCAUUGAUGCGAAAAGGAUGAAGGAUCACACCGACUUGAAGCUGAGACGGUUUGAUCGGAUUGUCUUCAACUUUCCUCAUGCUGGAUUCAAAGGAAAAGAGGACGAUCUGCGUUUGAUCAAUUUGCACAAGGAGUUGGUAUGGGGGUUUUUUCAGAAUGCAAGGCACCUGCUUCGGCCCUAUGGUGAAAUUCAUGUUAGCCACAAGAUAGGAAUGCCAUAUGACAGUUGGUGUAUCGAGCAUCUAGCAUUUGAGUCUUGUCUUAUAAUGAUUGCCAAAGUUGAUUUCAGAAAAGAGGACUAUCCAGGUUACAAUCAAAAGAGAGGAGACAGUGCAAAGUGUGAUCAACCUUUUGAUCUAGGUGCUUGCUGUACUUUCAUGUUCAUCAGAGAUUUGGAGAGGCUGAAAAAAGUGCGUGGGAACAGGACCCGUGCAUUUUCAUCCCCUGUAGGUGACAUACCAUUUCAUCCGCUUGUUCCAGCAUAUCUUCACCCACAUUUUCCUUCACAAGCCAGUGCAAUUCACAGGCCAGUUCCUCCUGGGCGCCCCCAUGGAAUUGCUCAUGGGCCUGGUUUUCCAGUUCCUCCUGAACUCCCCCGUGGUGGCAUGGUGAGAGAUCCUUAUUUUCAUCAUCAGGGCGCUAUCCGGUCAGUGUUUGGCAUGCCAGGGCCACCACUAAAUGUUUUGCCCCCUAUAGAUGGCACUCCACCAAUGAUCAGAAUAACAAGAAGCAGAUUCCAUGAACCUCAGGAGCAGCCUUGGCAUCAAGAGAGAUAUAUUGUGGAUCCAGAGGUAAGGAGGGAUGAUUACUAUCGCUUUGCCCGGGAAUACCCGAGGAACCUGCAGGAGUAUGAAAUGCAGAGGCAGGUGAUGCCUGGAGGAUCCAGCUUGAGGUACAUCGAUUUCCUGGAGAAUCGCUUUGAGGAAUCUGUUGAGAGGCAGCAACAGCUGCGAAGGAUGGUUGCACGGUAUGGUGGAUACUAGACAAUGAUGGACUUAAGUGUUUGUGGGUAUCUGCUGGUAUAACAGUUGAACUUGUUCUUUCAAGAUUUGCUAAGGUCUUAUAUUUGUAUUUCAGAUGAUUCUGUUCAAGCUGUACAGGUAGUCUCAAUUUUUUUGUGGCAAACUCUGCUGUUUAGUGUAAAGAAAUAGCACUACUUAGAGACAGUAGUUGCUACCUGCUACAACUAUCUUCAUGCACGGCGUAUCUAGCCGAAAAGGCUAUCUAGCGCCACUUAAUUCUUGUUAGUCGCUUUUAGUGUUUGUAAUGUCAGUUUCAUCUGUGUUUGUGCUGGAUCAAUGUCACUUCCGUA